CCUUGACUGAGUCUGUCCAUCUGGCGUGUGGUCUCCCUCUGCUUCUCUCUUUAACAGUACUUGAAAAGAGGUCUGUAGAGGGGUCUUUUGAGGGGUUUGAAAGUGAAUAAUGUUACUUUGCUGGAGAGUAAUUUUGCAAUGUGAAGUUAGGGUUGAAGACAGAUGUGGCUGAAUUAUGGGUUGUUGUUACCUUUAUAUUUAUUUAUAUCCUGCUUUCUCCCCAAAGUUGGUACACAAAGCAGCUUGCAAAUCAGAAGAACAAUCCAAUUAAAAACAUACAAAAGUGUUUUACAUAGUUGUGGGUUCUGUGGCCUCUUCUGCAUUGUGCCUCCCCAAGAAUAAGGGUCAGAGUUCAAGGACUAGAUAAGAGACUGAUUUGUAAAGGCUGGAAACAACAGUGUCAUGAAUGAGGUGGACUUGGAGUGUUAGCAGAUGCAUGUACUUCCCCUCCAGAUUAAUGCCAGUUUUGUGUUUUGGGAUUAGUUCACAGUGUGGGUGGGACUGAAGAAACAAUGUGAGGAUCUAGCGAAACAGUUGGUUUUAAUGUGAGGCAUGCUUGUUGUUGAUCCCAUACAGUGGGCCAGAGGUGAUACUGUUUAAUAAGACAUUAGAAAUAUGGAGUGAAAGCAGGCAGAACAUACAGAAGCCCUGCUUAUUGGAAUGGAACAAGACACCCUGAUGAAGAAUCUUGUGGCAAGACUUAGCCUAAGGGUCCUGGCUGCAGGGGGAAAUGAUGACUUAGUUUGAAUGAGGAAAGAAGAUGGGCUGCUGUUGCAGACUCUUUCAGAGACGCAACUCAAGGUCAAAACUGUCUUGUUGCAGUUCAGGAAAGAAUUCUGUAAUAGAAAAGCAGUGCAUAACUUACUACAGGAGGCAAUUUAAACUGAUGACCAUGCUGCUAAAUUGAUAAUGUGGACUACUCUUGUCAUCUGCUUUCUGAUCUUGGGGUUUUGGCAUCAGUGAUGAGAAAUGGGGUAUGAUGUAGCACGCUUUCAAGGGGAUGUUGAUGAAGACCUCAUAUGCCCCAUCUGCAGUGGGGUCUUGGAGGAGCCAGUGCAGGCUCCUCACUGUGAGCAUGCUUUUUGUAAUGCCUGUAUCACCCAGUGGUUCUCCCAACAGCAGACUUGCCCUGUGGACCGAAGUGUUGUGACUGUGGCCCACCUGCGUCCAGUUCCCCGGAUCAUGCGUAAUAUGUUGUCUAAGCUGCAAAUCACAUGUGACAAUGCUGUUUUUGGUUGUACUGCUGUAGUACGACUUGACAACCUAAUGUCUCACCUCAAUGACUGCGAACACAAUCCAAAGCGGCCUGUGACGUGUGAACAAGGAUGUGGCUUGGAAAUGCCCAAAGAUGAGUUACCGAAUCAUAACUGCAUCAAACACUUAAGGUCAGUGGUGCAGCAGCAACAAACAAGAAUAGCUGAGCUGGAAAAGACUUCAGCAGAGCAUAAGCACCAGCUGGCAGAGCAGAAACGGGACAUUCAGUUGUUGAAAGCAUAUAUGCGAGCAAUACGUAGCGUCAACCCCAACCUACAGAAUUUGGAAGAGACUAUUGAAUAUAAUGAAAUCCUAGAGUGGGUGAACUCCUUGCAACCAGCUCGGGUAACACGGUGGGGUGGUAUGAUCUCUACACCUGACGCUGUACUUCAAGCUGUAAUCAAGCGUUCAUUGGUGGAAAGUGGCUGUCCAACAUCUAUCAUCAAUGAACUGAUUGAAAAUGCCCAUGAACGGAACUGGCCACAGGGCUUGGCCACCCUAGAAACCCGCCAGAUGAACCGCCGCUAUUAUGAAAACUAUGUGGCCAAACGCAUCCCAGGCAAGCAGGCUGUGGUAGUGAUGGCCUGUGAAAACCAGCACAUGGGUGAGGAGAUGGUGCUUGAGCCAGGCCUGGUGAUGAUAUUUGCACAUGGAGUGGAGGAAAUCUAAAAACUUAGCAGAGAUGAUUAGAACAAUGUGCUUGAAAGAAAAUACAUACUGUGUCCACGCUGAGUGAAACUGCCCCCCUAUUGUGCCGCAUCAGGGCAUUAUUCUGUAUGUUGAUUAAAACACCACUUACUAAUGAUACUGGGCAGGUGCCCAGCAACUUAUGCAAAAUGCCAUGCUGCAUUCCUUUCCCCUUGUGACAACUUACUCCUGGUCUAGUGUUGACACAGGUCUCCAAGUUUCUGCAAAAAAGCACAAGAUAUCCCUGUGUGCUCCUGAAAAAGCAGUGGGCUUCUGUCAUAAGAAGUGUUUGAUCUCCUGAUGUGACUGAAGUGGCCCCAGUGGCUUAGUUCUAGUUCUAGAGUAUGACAGGCUUAUGACCCUUGACUUUAAAAAAUGCCAGAGUUGAAAGUUUAUUCUGAAGACUUCUUCCCCACCCCUCGUUGUCUGGCUUCUCUUGUUGUUAUUUAAGGUAUUUCUGUGCAGGCCACACACUUUUCUGUUGUGGCCCAUAGGAUCAGACUUUCUACACUGUACCUUUGAGGCACAAUUCUGCAGCCUUUCUGUAGGGAGGGAGGGAUAGGGCAAGGGAUGGAAGAGUACAAACAUGAGAAGGCAGAUGCCAAACUAGUGGUGCAAGUAAUGCCAAAUAAGAUACCCAGUACCAGUAGUGAUUUUUUGGCAUAGAAGGUGUAGUAGAGCCAAAAAAGCUAGCCUGUCAUGAAGACUAUCUCUGUGACUCAUGUGGGAUGAAUGGUCUUACAUUGCACAGGAGACAGGCCUGCCUUUUUGGACAGGCUCUGGUUUUCAACAAAAGGUAGCACUCUUUGACAGUGUCCUGCUGCUGCUGCCUCUGCCAAGCAAAAUGGAAUUCUCACCAUGAAGGCCAGAUGUCAUCUUCCUUCUUGUACUCUAGAAGUGCCGCUGAUGUCAGGUGCUUUUCUGACCAGAUCUUUAUCACAGGAUACAAGCCUUCAAGCAGACACCUUCACUCAGUCUGAUCCAAUACAGGCUCCUCUGAAUUGCGUGUGCCAUUUAAGGUUGUAUCAACUUACAGCCUUUCAAAGAAAACAGAAAAAAGAACAUCAACCUGGAUAAAACUGUCAUGUUGUCUUAUGUUGGCUGUUUUGAUAAAUUUCUGUGUAAUUUUUUUUUUUGACAUCUUGAUGAUUGUUCAGUAUUUUUUGUACUAUUUUUGCCUUUGUAUGUUUCCCUGAUUGUAUUUUUUUUUAAAUACAGUGGCCAGGAAUGUCUUCAAGACCAACCUUAGUUUUAUCUGUCCAAUUUAAUUUAUUUUGCCGUUCUUUUUUACAGCAACUUUUCUUCAUUUGUGUUGCUUUAAAUAUAACUUGCUUUAAGCAUUUGCGCUGGAGUUGGUGGUGCAAGGAAUAAAUGUGUCAAUAAAAGGAGCACUUUGAUCUGCUCUGACCAAAACAUUGACAAAUAUGGUCCCUUUUGAAUAGCUUUUGUCUCUUUGACACCCUGAAUAUUCUCAGGCAGAAAGUUUAAAAACAUUCCCAUUCUUGUAUUAUUGAUGCCUGAAAUGGUUGCUGUUACUACUUCAGUGGGAAAGAUCUGCAGAGUGGUUGACCGUAGCAACUGUAAUGUCUCCAGUGUAGAAUUUUCACCGCUUAGACAGCUGCAUUUUCAAAAUCUCUGGGACAAGGAGCUCCUAGAAAACUUACAGCAGGAAUGAUGGUUGCCUGAGGAGUGCUGCUUCUGCUGCCCCACUGCAGUAUGAAUACAGUAGGAUGUAUAAUUUGAGUGAAGUGCUUUUCCAAUCAUGUAUUAUAUAUAUAAUAAGUGGUCUAGUUCUACCUGAUGACCCUGUAGUGGAAAAAUAACGUUUGUUGAAAUAAGAUUCUCACAGCAAUUGGUAGCCAGCAGUCUGGUCCUUUUGCUGAAAGGAAAAAGGGGGGAUAGUUGGAAGAUGUAAUUCAUAAAUGUCACUCACCUAAUAAGAACAACUCCCAUCCCUCUCACAAAACUUCCAUCAUUCCCAUGAACAAAGUGCAUGGCUAAUGCAGCUUAGCUUUUCUUAUGAACUGGAAUAUUCACCAGGCAGAUGCUGUUUCAAGUUCCAUUCUGUGGGAAAUGCUUGUGCUUUGGAGGCUGUAAAUCUGCAGCAGUCAUUCAGUUUGGUGGCCUUUACCUUUUCUGUAAACCUGUUCAGUAGGUUUUGGUGUUGCUUUUCAGCUCAGCUGUAUCAACCAUAGUCUUCCUUUGGUCUAAAUUUUUGCUGGCACACUGCUCUGCUUCUCUUCCUUGCCUCAUCUCAGUAGAAUUUUCCUUUACAAACUGAGUCUGUUUCUGAUAUUGUUUCCAGUGGUGUUUCAGGUUUCAUAUUUGGAGCAGUGCAAGCUACUUAAAGUAAUUUUGCAGGUCAUGUCUAAGUACUUCUGUUUUGUAAGUCAUGUUUUCAAAACACUGGGAACAGGCUUCAAAAGCCAGAUCAGUUUUAGGGAUGGAAUGAGAUGUGCUCGUAUUCUUGUCAGUGACCUGACAUGUUUUGAAAGGGGAUCUUCUGACUGGAAAUAAUUUCCAGUAGAGUCCCUGUUGCUCAGGAAUUUGAAAAAAAAAAAGCUGCUAAAUCCAACCUAAUAACUGCAUCUUGAGCUAUCUGCAUCCCUUCACACCUCAUUUUUCCCCUUGAAGUCUUGCUGUCACCCUUUCUUGUGCUCUGAAGUAUAUCAUAGGAUUUGUCAUGUCUCCUCCCAGUAUGCAAGUUAUUGACUGCAUUUUGUCUUUUGCUGUUUCAAUUGCAUUAACUGCACUAAUAAAUUGCCUUUUUCUUGAAUCCUU